GUUCACUUCCUGUUUUUUGUGCCGUAUUGACAUCCGUCUCACACGGCAGUAUCUUACGUCUGUCAAACCAGGACUUCCUCGGACUUUGGAAUAGCAGCUUUUAAGUCGUUGUUCGUGCGAGGCGAGCGGGCUGUUAUCGUACAUGAGGAGCGGACUGUAGGAGCUCAGCAGCCGGACAGGAGAGAUGAUGGCUGGGCUGCUGAUGGUGUUUCUCGGGGGGUUGCUGGAGGUCUGCAGCGGCGUCUCAGCAAACAGAGGGGGUUAUCCCUCCUUUACAGACGAAAUACCUUUCAAAAUCACCUGGCCAGGCUCUGAAUUCACGCUGUCAACUUCAGGAGCACUGUACAAGGAAGAUGACUUUGUCAUCAUGACAACGACAGAGCAAGAGAAGUAUAAAUGUCUCCUGCCUUCCCUGGCAACUGGAGACGAGGAUGAUGAUAAGGAGUACAGUGGGCCAACUCCAGGUGAACUGCUAGAGCCACUGUUCAAACGAAGCAGCUGUUCCUACAGGAUCGAGUCAUACUGGACAUAUGAAGUAUGCCAUGGAAAGCAUAUAAGGCAGUAUCAUGAAGAGAAGGAGACUGGUCAGAAGAUUAGUGUUCAGGAAUACUUCCUGGGGAAUAUGGCACAGAAGAGCCAGUCGGCAGAGGCAGAUAACGCUGAAGAGGCAGAAAAUGUCAAACCAGCACCUGAAACAGAAGUGCCCUCUAAGAAUAUAGAAGGUCAGCUGACUCCCUACUUCUCAAUGGAGAUGGGAAAUGGGACCCCUUGUGUGCUGAAACAGAACGAGGCUCGCUCCACAUCUGUGCUGUACGUCUGUCAUCCAGAAGCCAAGCAUGAGAUCUUGUCUGUCGCCGAGGUCACCACCUGUGAAUAUGAGGUGGUGGUGUUGACACCCCUGCUUUGUUCACACCCAAAAUACAGGUUCAAGUCUUCCCCGGUGAACGGCAUCUUCUGCCAAGCUCUGUCAGGCUCCCCUCAGCGGCCUCAGCGGCUCGCUCAAUGGGACAAGGAGCAAGAGGAGCAGCUUAAACCUCCUUUCAGUGCCACCGUCGAGGCCAGAGAGGAGGAGGCGCCACCAGUGAGAGAGGAGGCCUUCACCUCCACUCACAAACCCAUGACCGUUGGAGGCCAGACUCAGGUCACUGUCGGCACCACACACAUCUCUCGUCUGACAGAUGACCAGCUAAUCAAGGAGUUCCUCAGCGGCUCGUACUGUCUGCACGGGGGGGUUGGGUGGUGGAAAUAUGAAUUCUGUUACGGAAAGCAUGUCCAUCAGUACCACGAGGAAAAAGAACAGGGAAAAAACAUUGUGGUGGUCGGCAGCUGGAAUGCCAAGGAGCACACUGACUGGGCCAAGAAGAACGUCGCCCGAUCCUACCAGCUCAAAGAUGACGGCGUGCAGAAAGUCAAGUUGGUUUCCCACUUUUACGGCCACGGUGAUGUGUGUGAUCUGACAGGGAAGCCCAGACAGGUCAUUGUCAAGCUCAAAUGUAAGGAGUCGGAGUCUCCCCAUGCUGUCACUGUCUACAUGCUGGAGCCUCAGACUUGUCAGUACAUCCUUGGGGUGGAGUCUCCGGUCAUAUGCAGGAUUCUUGACACCGCUGACGAACAUGGACUUCUGUCAAUCUCCAGCUAAACUAACAAAGAUCAUAUGACAGCAGCAGCGCAUGAAGGACAAGUAGAGGACAGACGGAGAAGAGGUUGCACAUGAAGAGAGUGGACACUUACCAUAAAACAGAAGAGAGGGAGGAAGAGAGAGAUGCCCAUGACACUGCGCUAAAGGCCAAAAUCAAGGUUAAACUGAGGUUAAACUUGAUCUUGAGGAUGGAUUUCAUGUAGCCUAGGAGUAUAGCCCCAGCCCCGAGCUGUGCAAUGGGAAAUGUUACAUCACAGCCUAAUCCAGCAGGCUUGCUCAGACUUUGUGAAAACAGUGAAAUGGGGCCGACGCAUCACUCCACAACACAGUGGAUUAUUUCCCUGUACUUCAUAUCUAUGCUUCACUUUCUGUUGAUUAAUUGCAAGCAAAGGAGUGAUGAAUCAGGGGAUUUGUUAUCAUCAGGGGAAUCAACAAUGUUAAUGGUGGUUUUAUUGUCUUUAAGGUCUGUAUUUGUGCGUGUGUGUGCGUGCGUGUGAGCGAUAUGAAAACUUGCUUGACUGUGGCACUUGUAGAUGGGGGGGGGGAGAGAAACAAGUCUGAAGAUCUCUUGCAGCAGUGAGAAUGUGUGCUGUGUUAAUUUACAGGAUGAGUGAGUGUAACUUAUGCAUUAAGAGGUUGCUGUGGAAUAGAAAAGUGAGAGGUUGAUUAAAAAUUAAUUUGUUUGUAGGAUGUACAGAAUGUCUGUGGGUUCCUAUAAGAGGUAUUCUGUGGUUUUAUGAAGAGGCACACUGGCAAUCCUGAUCACUGCUGUAUCACAGGGAUAAAAAAAAAACUGUGCAUUUACAGCAAAUAAUAAAACUAAAAUUUGAAACCUCAUUUAAAAUGUUGUAUUACCACAUGGGGGGGAAAACUGACUUCACUGAGAUAUAAGGUCAUCAUGGCAACAAAUGUCUGCUUAAUAAUUAUAGGGAUAUCUGGUAAAUUGUGAUUGCCUUUAUAAAAAAAAAUAGUUUUUA